CCGAACGACAAAAAAGGUCUGCAGAAUCGGGAGUGGUGAGUUUGUGGGCCUAAAAGCCCAGAUAGAGUCGUACUGGCACAAUCGGAUCGAUCUUGCAAGAGAACUGCUAGAUUGCUUGUUCUCCAACCUCCUGGGACGCAUUUUGAAACUUUUGGCAAUCUGUCAUCUGAAACUGCUUCUUCAGUGCCGGUAUGCAAUUUUGGAGGGCCAGUCGUUUAAACUUUAAACAGUGUAUGCUAAUAGAGCGUCAUCUGUGAGGAGUCCCCCCUGAAAGUUGAAAGAAACUAAUCUCUGUUUUCCUUUUUGAGCCACCGCACGAAGCCAGACGGAAAAAAAUGCUCUCUUUGAAUGUUAUUCCCUCACCUCCUGUCACUCUUGUCAAAUCCAACCACCAAUCUUCCGUAAAUGCGUUUUCGCUUUCCCAUCCAAAUCUUCUCCCUAGGGUUCACGGCCAUAAGAAUUCCCAGUGCUGCAGAACCACUUCUCGGCUUCAUGAAGCUAGUUCCAGGAGUUCCAUCUCAACCGAGUUCCUUGGCUUCCCAGGGGGGAUUCCUCUGCUCCCGACAUCUCAGAUCCAUGAUUCAAUCACUAAUCUAAGCCUGGCGAAUAAGGCCUUCGCUAAGCCAUCGGGUUUUCCCGCAAAAUCUAGAUUCCAAAUCAUUAAAGCAGCAUCUGAAUUCAACCCUGAAGGAGAAAGUUCAGCUCGGAAUCCUAAGGCCAAGUCCUUAAAACUUGCUCUUGUUUUUAAGUUUUGGUACUUCCAAAACAUUGUCUUCAAUAUUUACAACAAGAAAGCGUUAAACAUUUUCCCAUUCCCAUGGCUUCUUGCCUCCUUCCAACUCUUUGUCGGGUCCGUUUGGAUGCUCGUGCUUUGGUCCUUGAAGCUCCAACAAUGCCCGAAAAUCUCAAAAUCUUUCAUUGUUGCUCUCCUUGGACCAGCUUUGUUCCACACCGUAGGCCACAUCUCAGCUUGUGUUUCAUUUUCUAAGGUGGCUGUUUCCUUCACCCAUGUCAUCAAAUCUGCAGAACCGGUUUUUUCUGUGGCAUUCUCUUCAUUCCUUGGUGAUAAAUACCCUAUGCAAGUUUGGCUGUCGAUUCUCCCUAUUGUGCUUGGUUGUUCUCUGGCUGCUGUUACGGAGGUGUCUUUCAAUGUACAAGGAUUAUGGGGGGCCAUGAUAAGCAAUGUGGGUUUCGUAUUGAGGAACAUAUAUUCUAAACGAAGUUUGCAGAAUUUCAGGGAAGUCGAUGGGUUGAAUUUAUAUGGCUGGAUCAGCAUUGUUUCAUUGCUUUACCUGUUUCCGGUGGCUAUAGUGGUUGAAGGAUCUCAGUGGAUUCCAGGGUAUUAUCGGGCAAUACAAGCUAUAGGGAAACCAUCCACAUUUUAUAUAUGGGUUUUGCUUUCUGGGUUGUUCUACCAUCUUUAUAAUCAAUCGUCUUAUCAGGCCCUGGAUGAAAUUAGCCCGUUGACUUUCUCAGUGGGUAACACAAUGAAGAGAGUGGUGGUGAUUGUGUCUUCCGUUCUGGUGUUCAGGAAUCCAGUUAGGCCUCUUAAUGCCCUCGGGUCUGCCAUUGCUAUACUUGGAACUUUCCUAUAUUCGCAGGCAACAGCAGCCAAGAAAGCUAAGAAAGCCGAUGGUGAAAAGAGUAGCUAGAGCCUAGAGGAAAAGGGGACAAUGAAAGAGUGAAAUGUAGAGAAGCUGGUUGAAUAUUCUUGGCAAUAUUGAAUAUUUUCCCUUUAGAUUUAGAAAUUGAUUAACUAAUGUCUACCUUGUUAUUUCACUGUGGACAACGGUGAUGGUUUCCUCUGUUCAGAUUAUAAAGCUGUUUAUCAUGAUA